AGCGAGAAUCGAUGUAUCGAUUGCAGAUAAAAACAUCGAUACUAAGUAGGGCACGGACGAUCUGGCAACGUUGGUCGCUUAUUCUUAGUUUUUGAGUUAUAUCUAGUAGCUGGAUGCGCCUAAAUCCCGUAAACCGUGUGCUGGCAAUGCAGUGAGAAGCAGCGGCGUCAGUGAAGGCGUCGAACAGCUCGCCGGGGGUUGGCGACGUGUCAACCGGCUAGAAUACAACUGGACAGCAAAGAUGACGGCCACGCUGCGGUACCGGGGCGACAAGAGCAACCUGCUGGAGUUCGCCAAGAACCUGGACGCGUUCAAGAAGGUGCCGGAGAAGUACACGGAGACCACGGAGAUCGGCGGAACACUUUCCCUGCUCAGUCGCCUGCUGAUCGUCUACCUGGUGUACACGGAGCUGCACUACUACUGGCACGAGACGGACAUCUUCUACCAGUUCGAGCCAGACAUAGCCCUGGACGAGCAGGUGCAGAUGCACGUGGACAUCACCGUGGCCAUGCCCUGCGCCUCGCUCUCGGGCAUCGAUUUGAUGGACGAGACGCAGCAGGACGUCUUUGCGUACGGGACGCUGCAGCGCGAGGGCGUGUGGUGGCAGAUGUCCGACCAGGAUCGCCUCCAGUUCCAGGCCAUCCAGAUCCAGAACCACUAUCUGCGCGAGGAGUUCCACUCGGUGGCGGAUGUUCUGUUUAAGGACAUCAUGCGGGAUCCGCAUCCGAUGCACGAGAGUCCGGCGGCAUCGCCGCAUUUUCCGGCUGCUGCACCGCCGCCGGGCGCUCUGCUGCCCGUCGCCCUCGACUUUCAUCAGAAUCCGGGCGAGGCGGAGAGCAAAUUCGAUGCCUGCCGCUUGCACGGAACCCUGGGCAUCAACAAGGUGGCCGGCGUGCUGCAUUUGGUGGGCGGGGCGCAGCCAGUGGUGGGUCUGUUCGAGGACCACUGGAUGAUCGAGCUGCGCCGCAUGCCGGCCAACUUCACGCACCGCAUCAACCGCCUCAGCUUUGGGCAGUACUCGCGGCGCAUCGUCCAGCCGCUGGAGGGCGACGAGACCCUCAUCCACGAGGAGGCCACCACCGUGCAGUACUUCCUCAAGGUGGUGCCCACGGAGAUCCAGCAGACGUUCAGCACCAUCAACACGUUUCAGUACGCCGUUACGGAGAACGUGCGGAAGCUAGACUCGGAACGAAACUCGUACGGCUCGCCGGGCAUCUACUUCAAGUAUGACUGGUCGGCGCUCAAGAUUGUGGUGGGCAACGAUCGCGACCACCUGCUGACCUUCGCCAUCCGCCUCUGCUCGAUCAUUUCCGGCAUCAUUGUCAUCUCGGGGGCCAUCAAUGCGCUGCUAUUGGGACUGCAGCGGCGCCUGCUUCUCGUCUUCUGUCCGCAGCUGUACCACAGACUGGCCAAAUCCCCGGCGAUGCCUUCUCCUGCCGCCCAGCCAACGGUGGCCGCACCGCCGCCGCCUGUCAACGAGCUGCUGCAGACGGCCAACCUCAUGGCCAGCGUGGACAUCUCGGCCUAUUUGCCGGCGGCGCAGCCCAAGCUCAAAGCUGGCCACUAGCCCAGACCAGCCCAGCCUAGCCGAAUCUCCCAGAGCUCUAAAGCGUAGACUAAGUUUUUGUAUUCCCUCAUUAAUAUAAAAAUACAAGAUAUGUUGUACAUUAA